GUGAUUAGAAGUACAACCAGAAUAAGCUAGAUAAGUAGCGUUUUCGCACACCUCUUUAUCCUGUAAGUUAUCCUCUGCAGAGGAUUAGGUAUGUAAGAUAAGCAUUAAGGCUUUAAUAGCAAACAAACUGCUUUCUUUGACUAAUGGUACAUCUCUUGUAUCUCCAUGAUGUGGACAGUCGUCAGCCUGGUUCUUGUCAGCUCCCUUUUUGUACUCAAAAGCGAAGCACUACAGUGUUACACCUGUGUAGGUUCUAGUGAUGAAGACUGUAACAGACAAGGAACUCAGCAAUGUCCAGGGCAUUCAGAUGCAUGUGCGGUCAUUAGAGGACAAGCAAGUGGCGUUAUGAAGUCCUGUUCGUUCAGGUCCUUCUGCGAGCGGGCAAGGAGGGACGGGUCCAGGGCGCCUGGCGUGAGCGUUCACUGCUGCUACUCAAACAACUGCAAUGCAAAAAGCCUGGCUUCGAGAGUCACCACCUCCGCGAGCUACUUCUCUCUCCUCGUCUUCACGUUGCUGUGGCACCCGUUGUUGAAGCUGACAUGAGGGGGGAAAAAAAGAGUAUCCUGAAGCAACAAGUCCGCCUUCUUAGAAAGGGAUGAUUGUAUUUCCUAAUCACGUUACUCCAUGUACCAUAUUCCUCGGUAGGCAAAAAGCAGUAGGCAGGCCUGACAGAUGUUCAGGUAAAAAUUGUUCCAUCUGCUAAAUAUGUCUUGACCUAUAUGUAAGAAACGCUGCCCUCUUCUUGUUUAUCGUAAGGGGUUGAUCGUGCAAAUAUGUAACAUUUUCCUACAUUUUAGAGGAUAGUACAUAUAAAGAGCUGCAGAUAGCCUUGUAGUAGGGUAAAGGACCAAUAUCUUCCAAAUGCUGUUUACUGUUGGCAGACAUUCAAACGCAAGCUAACAUUUUCAAGCACAAAGUGACUGAAAAUUCUAGCAAGCAAAUGAGUCUUUCAGAGAACAUUUGCAAACUGGACAAAGCCAGAAAACUUGAAAUAAAGAUGAUUUAGUAUUAAUACAAACUGCUAAGAGAAGGUCAUUAAGAGAACAAUGCAUGGAGGUACGCUAUAUUAUGUAUAUUUCCUGAAAAAAAAACCCUUUCAGUCUUCUCUUUUCUGAUCCUUUGAGAAGAAGAAGAAAAAAAAGAGCUUGGAAGUUGUUUUGAACUAGGAGGCUCCCUCCAAAGAUCAGCUCGUUCUAUCUUUACUGCUGGUUUUGAGAACAAGUGGUUCAUUCUUGUCUUGUAGGCAAAUUAUGACUUCAGUAAUAACAUUUUUGUUUAUCCAAACUCUUCAUGUGGUUUCAACUACGUAGUUAAUUCUUCACUGUCCUAAACUUUAUUCUUUGAGAGUAACAGUAUGUGUCUCCCCCUUCGAUGAUGUGAUUGAGUUGAUCGGUGGUGGUUUAUGUAUCCUUUUCAUUUUGCAAAGUGAACAAAAUGACUUGGAGAUCUUUAGAGAUGUAAGGAACUAAAUCAACAUUUUUAAUAAUCCCAUUUGUUGCAGUCUUACAAAGUAAAUGAUCCAGAAUGGGCCCCAUCGUGGAAGGCAUUGUGCAUCACUAGCUAGUAGGCAGAUGGUCCUUCGAACCGUGGUUAUAUUGUGAAACUAGGCAAGAUGAGAAGUGACAUAACGCACGAUGUGAUAGCACUAAGCAGGGUCUUAGGUCUAUGAUAUUGGAGAGCAGGGUGGUACCUCCUUUGCUUCAAAACUGAGAGGAACAGACAAGCAGAUGAGUGAUAUUUGUAGGUUUUAAUGUCCAACUGUGAUGAUCUGGUCUAAUUUCUGGCACACAACAUGCGUAGGACUGGCUUAAGGUCCAGCUGAUGUAAUUGAAGUAGAGGUCGUCUUUUGCGUUCUAGUUUUAGUUCCCCAUUUGGAAAAAGAUUUGGUCGUCAAGUUUAUGGAACUCACAAAAUACGUGGCAAAGUAGUUUUCCCACUAGCUUUGUGUUGUGACUUUUUUUCAGUAUAAUUCUUUGAAAAAUCAGUUCCCGGCAGUGCGUCACAGAAUUCUGCACAUUCACAAAAAUUUUAUUAAGGUUGCAAACUCUAGAGAGCUUCUUCAGGUGAAACCAGUGAAACCUCCACAUAGAGUAUAACCCGAGUCUGCCUUGUAGCUGUUGCCUGUCACAUGGACCAAACUGUCUCCUUGUCUUAUUGUACUCUUUCCUCCGUAUGGAUCCUUUCAUAUCUCAUGUAGAUUGCGGCUUCAGACUGGGACUAUUCUGCUGGGGUUUUGUUCGAAUGGGCUCUCAGACAAGGCAGUUCUGGUCUAUGCUUAGUUGGUAGGCACAAGUCUGAUAAAGCUGUUGGAUAUAAAGAUUGCAACAAUGCAACAGAUCUUGGCUGAGAAUGUUAAUUUAGACUUAAAUAUCUCAUCUGUGUAAAAAUCACUUAAGUUGGUUUAAGUAUUUUUCAUUUCAUUCUCAGCUUGAAUCAGUUCCUUCAGUCUGUUCUGCUACAGGAAAUGUGUGUUGAUUGUAUCUUUAUUUUCUGAUUGUUCUGUAAGGGUAAAUCAGUAUUGAAUGUAAUCUCUGUAUAUGCUCAGUGCAUUUCCUUAAUGAGAAAAUAAAAUACAUGCAAUGGCUAA